AUGCAGUGCGAGUCGUGGCGCAUGAGCAGGACCGAGCUGCGCGAGGUGCUAAAUCGGUACGAGAAGGCCGUCGAGGAGGACGCCCUCGGCCUGCUCCGCCCCAGCGCCGCGGAGAAGGCCCUGCUCGGCGUGGGCGCGUUGUCGAAGCGCGCGGAGGCCGUGCGGAGGGCCCGAGACGCCAACAGGAAGUUCGUGGAGGCCGUCAUAGAGGACAUCCCGGACCUCUGCUCGCUGCCGGGGGAGGACGACGUGCCCCAGAGGCCCGUGUGCGCGAUGAAGCCCCUCGACCCCGGGGCGGGGACGUUGCCCUCCAGCUCGUACGGCUCGAUGGCGUCCGUGUUCCUGCACCUGCUGCGGGACUGGAGCUCGCUGUGUGAGCACGUGGGCACCACCACGUACGGGCCCGCCGUGGCGAAGCUGAAGGAGCUGCUGCCAGGGGGCGGCGAGGUGCUGCUGCCGGGGGCAGGGCUGGGGCGGCUGGCGCUGCAGAUGGCGGCGGAGGGGUUCCGCGUCGAGGCGAAUGACGCCUCGCGCCUGUUCCUGACAGUCGCCGACUACAUUCUGAACAGGCCGACGUGCCAGGACCUCCCCAUUUAUCCGCUGGCGCACGUGUUCUCGGAGAACUGGGCGCACGACCAGCAGUACCUCGAGGUGAAGGUGCCCGCGCAGGCGCCACAGGACCUCCUGGCUGGCCGCGCCGCGUCGCAGCCAGCCUUCUCCAUAGUUCCUGGAGAUUUCGUGAAGAUGUACAGCGCUGGCGGCUCAGGGCAUCGCAAGUUCGAUGCCAUCCUGACAUGUUUUUUCAUAGACACCACUGCCGACCCCUGCGAACUGUUCCACGUGAUGGACAACUUGCUGGCCGAGGGCGGUGUCUGGGUCAAUGUGGGGCCCCUUAAUUGGCGGAAGGAGGCGCGCAUGAAGCUCAACUGGGACGAGGUGAUGACUAUGUGGAAGGCGUUGGGCUACGAGUUUGUGUCGCAGCAGAAUGUGGAUUGCGACUACCACCUACCGCGUGGGCAGAAGAUGUACACCGAGUCCUACCAGUGCGUGCUGUCAGCGGUGCAGGAGCAGCAGUUCGAGGACUGCAUUCACCGGCAUGUGGAGUACCAGCUGCGGGACGAGGGAUCCAUCAAGCUAGUGUUCAUCGUCCACGCCAAGCUGAAGGUCGAGCUCUUCGAGACCACCCUUCCAGACGACGCCCCGGUGGUGUUCUGCUACGCGGGCCCCUCCUCAUGCCGGAAGACGUUCGAGUACAUCCCCGAGUACGUUCCCGAGGAGAAGUUCUUGGACCUGAACCGCACCAUGAAGUGCUGGGUGGCCAAGACGACGAUGCGCCAGCAGCGCGGUGGCGUCCAGACCACCGAGCACGAGGUCGGCAUGGACCACUGCUUCCUCCCUGGCGAGACAGUCUAUUUCAGGAACAAGGAGCCCCGCUUCAACGAGCCCGUCUGGGUCGUAUCGCAGGAGGAGGCCGAGGCGUUCGAGAGGCUGACGGGCCGCAUGACGGAGAAGGGCGAUUCGUCCUUCAAGUUUCUCGUGAAGCAGACUUUGAAGGCGGGGGACCGAUUCGUCCUGGUGCCCGCGUACGACAGGGAGCGGGGGUCCCUCAUCGUGGAGAGCGAGCACGUGGGCAGCAGCCUAGGGCGCGCGCUCCUGGGGGCGGCACGGUAUCAGAUCAAGCUGAAGAGCGCGCUCCGCGCGGCGCGAGGUGCGAAGUCAGGCGGUGCGGUGGCCACGCCGCGUGGUGGCUCCGUGGACCUCCCGGGGGCGCGCCAGGCUUUGGGCCUCGGGCCGUCCUCGGAGGGCAAGGCCGCCCAGGCAGGUGUUUCCGGUUCUUGCCUUCGCGAGCGCGCCGCAAUGUCCGGCAGCCGCUCUCCGCUGAACUUCGAGAAGGAGUUGGAGGCUGUGCUGUCCCAGUCCCCUCCACAGGGACCAAAGACCACCCGGGGAGCCGGCACUCCAGUUCGCGACCUGCUGACGGGCAAUCCGUGGGAGAGGAUGCAGUGGGGGGACAAAAAGGCGAGCAUGAUGACCACCGAGGUCCGCGUGGACAAGUUGGAGCACUUGUGUGAGGAGUUGUCGAAGAAUGCGCCCCCCUUGACUGGAGACAUCGAGACCAUGAUCAAGGAGUGCAUCUCGGACUUCAUGAAGCAGGUCAAAGACCUGGCCAAGAAGAGCACGGACAUCGUCUCCCGCGCGAUGGCGGGCAUGAAGGGGCAGGCGAAAGGAUCUAUAGGGAUGGCUUCGUCGUCCGCAGUGUGCGCGUUCCACUUCGGGGAGCUCCACUGGGAGGUGGCGCUUCUCAGUCAGAAGGUGGAGCCCCGCAGCCCGCAUGUGCCGCUGCUGUGGUGCCUGCUGGAGUCGAUCUGGUUUGAGUGGUUUCGGAGCUCGCGUUCGACGGAGAUCGAGAAGUGGCCCGCUUGGGCGCUGAGGUGUCCGAGGCAGCUGUCGCCACGAGGCUCGGCAAUCGUGGCCUGGCCAAGUUCGGUGACGUUGGAGCAGAUCUCCAGCGAUAGAUUCGACGUCUACGCAGAGGAGCGCAAGUCGCUGCUGUACUGGCACGCCAACUUGGGGGAGAAGAAGCCGGAGGAGGACAUGCGAACGCUGUCGGUGAAGUACAACGGGCAGGGCCACAGGGGGCGCGUCUGGGUCGAGUCAGUCAAAGAGCUGGUGGAAGAUAGCUUCUCCGAUUGGCCCAUCCAUGCGAUGCGGGUGAUGGCGGAAGUCUUCGAGCUCGGAAUCCAGUACGACCAGAUUAACGUUGCCUCCCUGGCGGAGGUCAGGGAGGAGGCAGAGAUCGACAAGCAGACGAGCAAGGCCAAGGCGCUGAAGGAGGAAGCCAAGGUCACCCUGAACCGCCAGCAGGGCAAGGAUAAGGACAAGGUCAAGAAGGGCCUUAACUGGUUGCAUGAUCCUGCGCAGAGCCCCUUCGUUGAUCCCGCCGCGGUCGACGAGGUGGGGGAGGGGGUGGACUUGUUCGAGGCCUCGAUCGACGUUGACAACUGCUUCCGCAGGGAUCGGGCCCAGAAGUUGCUAGAUAACAUCCUCGAGAUCCCGAAUGCCAAAAACAUGAAGUGGCAGGAGGUUCAGGGGGCGGGGCAGGUGAGGGAGGCCCUGGGCAUCGAGUUCAACGGCGUCUUGAGGGCGCGCACUGUCUACACCCUGCUGACCCCUUGUCUUUGCUACACCGACGCCCGCUUUGGAUGGGGUUCCGAGCUUUGGGGGCAUGGCCCGUCUUUCGCGGAGGCGCCGUUUGCCGGCUUGGUCGGGAAGGACUUGAAGGAUGCCGAGCGAGUUGAUUCGGGCGGCGCGACCUUGGACGGGCACCCGCCGAUCGAGGACAGCUUUCUCAAGCGCAAGAAGCACAUUGCGAAGAUGGCAGAGGUGCCAGGUAUGCAGCACGCUUCGGUCUUAAAAAGAAGCUCGGUCGGCGAGCGAACUUGGACUCAGCAUCGCAGACUGCGUCGCGGGCUUGUCGACUACGUCGAAGAGCAGAGACUCCACGCAGACCGGGUGCAAGAUUUCGAUCUGGCCAUAGUCGCGCUCAUGACUCACAUGCGCCUGCUCGGCUACGACGCGGGGCUCGGUCAGAAGCUGAUCGCGGCGACAGUUCCUCCCGAGGUUUGGCAAGCUGGGGGGCCUCUCUCUGCCGAGGUCAUGGCGGGCCGCCAGGGGAUUGGCCAAGCUGGCCCCACCCCGCGGCCGUCAGCCACUCACGCGGCCUACGGUUUCGGCUUUGGCGAGUCUCUGGACGGGAGGCCAGGGUCCAUGAUGCAGCUCGCGGAAGUCGGCGGCGGCUACGUGGCGGAAAAGACCACCAAGCGCUCGGGCGUGCUGGAGAAGUUCCUGACCGUCUCCCAGAACGCGGGCCACCGGCCGCCCGAGCGGGGGCGGUUCCUGCUCGUGCACAAUCCCGACGGCACCGUCUCGCUCCAGCUGACCGACGGCAGCCAGCCAGCCCCGCUGAGUGGCCGGGGCUCCGCCUCGGCGCUCCGCUCCUCUGCGCGCCGCCCCGCCCUGUGCGUGACCGCCACCAUGGCGGCGGCGCCGGCCGCCGAGCGGCCGUCGCUGCAGCGGGUGGCGAGCUGGGCGGACGCGCACGACGACGACGCGUCGCAGGCCGCCAAGGCGCUCGGGCCCUCCAAGGCGGCCGCCGCCGGGGGCCGCGCCCGCGCGCGGGACGCGGCGGUGCCUCGCGCGGCCCGUGGGGGUGCGGCCGCCGCCGCGGCGGCCGGGCCGCAGCCGCUCAGCGGCGGCGGCGGCGGCGGCUCCGUCGCUGGCGCCGCUGAGGCCUGGGAGGCCGGCCAGGGGUCGCCCGCGGCUCUCUCUGCCGGCAGCCGCCUCCACGCGGCGGGCCGGUGCAAGCCCUGCGUGUUCUUCCACACCAAGGGGUGCCACGGGGGCCCGGACUGCCCCUUUUGCCACCUGUGCCCGCCCGGCGAGAAGCAGCGCCGCAAGCGGCUGAAGCAGAACUUGCUGGCCUCCCUCAUGCGCGAGGAGCGCUGGAGGUGCGACGAGGGCGGCGGCGGCGGCGGCGGGGCGGGUGCCCCGCCUGGCCACUUGUCCCGCGAGUCGUCCACCACGAGCUUCUGCUCCACGGUCAACUCCGCAGCCCAGGCCACUGCGACCACCGGCUCCUCUGGCUGGAACUCGGGUGCUUCCACGCCGAUGCCGCCCGCGAGGCAGCAGCCUGGAACGAAGGCGGCGGCCGCCUGCGACGGAGCGCUUUCUCAGCCGCGCCAGGCGCUGCAGCAGCGGGCCGCAGCCGCAGCCAGCUCUCGCCCCGCGGCGGCGCGGCCGGGGGCACCGGGCGGCGCCGGCGGCGUGCUGCAGGGGCGCGCCUCGCAGGGAGUGCAGGCCUCGCAGGGCCUGCAGCAGCGGCAGGCGCAGGGCUACAAGUACCCCUGCGCGAAGCCCGUGUACUGCGUGCCCAAGAAGCCCCCCGGCGGCCCGGGCGGCAGGGCGCAGCAGCCCUCGAGGCCGCGCAACCUGCCGCGCCAGGCCCCCGUGCAGGAGGAGUCCGGGAGCAGCAGCUCCGACGACAGGACGACUCGGAGUCCGAGGACGGCGAGAGCUGCGCCGAGGAGACCGACGAGGAGUCGGCGGGCGAGGGGGGGGGGGAAGCAGGCGAAGGCGAGCUAGCGCAGGCAAGAGGCCGGUCCCUGCACCAGCGCCAGCGCUGGUGGAAGCGGCGAGCGGGUCUGGGGGAAGGAUGACCCCGCCGACGAGGGCGGCGUGAGCCUUGCGUGCGCCUGCGCCCGCAGCCCAGAACCGUGCAUCUAACGUGGUUAGCUGCGCGGUCGGUACUGCCCAAUGGUAGAACCACUGGAUUUCGCGCUGCCCAGUGGUGGCACAGUUGCCUCCUGCCCAAUGUAACAUCACUAGAUAUUUUAGACUGCCGCGCCGUCCACAUCGCUUCCAGGCAUCCAGGCUCACAGCAGGUGCCCCUUAUGGAGCCGUGCAGGACGACUGCGUCGGAGGUGCACAGGGGUGCAGCACGACGACUGCGUCGGCUCGAUGAUGUGCCCCGCUCAGUCGUCCCCCAUGAGCCUCUUGCUCUGGAACUUAUGCUCGCUGGCAUGGAGUGUGCCUCUUCGCCGUCCUCCCCCCUCCCCGAUUCGUCUCCGCUCCC